AUGUCUAAACGAGAACUUACUAAAGCAGAAAUAGAGAAACUCAUCGAAUUAUCAAUUAAAGCCAAAGAUAAAGCCUAUUGUCCUUAUUCGAAAUUCCAUGUUGGUGCUGCACUUCUUGAUGAGAAUGGGAAUUGGUAUACCGGCGUCAAUGUUGAGAAUGCUUCUUAUGGUAGCACAAUAUGCGCAGAACGCACCGCAUUUGUGAAAGCAAUAAGCGAAGGUCAACGAAAAUUCGUUGCUAUCGGCGUAUCCACGGAUGCCAGCGAAUACACAAGACCGUGCGGAAUUUGUCGACAAUUUAUGAUUGAAUUUGGUGAACAUCUUCAAAUUUUCCUAAUUAAGCCUGAUAGAUCUUAUCUAAAGGUUAUACUUAAAGAUUUGUUACCAGAUCAUUUUAAACUUUGA